ACGUUAUUAUCAUCGAUAGACGGUGCCGACUGACGUGCAGACUGCAGUUCACUGUUGCGACUUGCGCGCGGGUUUUUUUUCACAAGCACGUUACCUUGUUCUCUCCCCUUGCGGGCCUGCUCACACAGUACACACGCCACACGGUCAGCACUCUUCUAUUGCUUAAUGCCUUAAUGGUUAUUAUCGCUAUUACUUAUUCGUUAUAGUCGUUACAAGUACAUUGCUAACUGCGGCAACUCCUAACUACCGGUGGGCUGUGACCGAUAACGAAACACGUGACACUCGGCGACAGUCCGUUAUACAACGUCAGUUUUUAACAAAUAUUUCUAGUUUAGUCGACAUUUUUUGACAAGCUGUAUUUGUUUAGAAGUUUCAUCAUCGACCAUGAUUUAUGUUAGAAUUUUCGCGGAGUUCACUUGACAUUGGGAUUCGCAAAGCAGUUCAACAAAUUCAUUCGGAUUCCUUGUCUUAAUGAUAGUCGUCUAAUCUAGCCGGCAAAGUCAACGGUGUAGAUUGUUUACUUUCGAUUUUACAACUAAACCAGUUAAAAGCAUCUAAUACAGAAAAAACAAUGUUUCUCAUUAAAAAUGUAGAAGAAUUAAAUGAUUUAUUUUUGAGAAAUAGUGAAAUGUAUUUAUUGUUAAAUGAAAAAGACCGAAAAACAUUUUAUGAUUUCACCAAUACAUUAAAUAAAUUUGGCAAUUUAAAACCGUUAUGGAGCUUUUUAUUAUUACAAGAAAAUAACUAUUCUAUUGAAAUAACGUGGAGGUUGCAUUCUCAACAAAUUAUAGAUUUCGCUGAAUUUAUUUCACGUUAUAAAUGGGAUCCAGACGAAAUAAUUACUACCCUAUUGUCCCUUUCCGAAUCAAAGGACGAGUUGCAUCAAAUCAUAUUAACAGAUCUGUUCAUUAGUCUAUUACUUUUACUGUCCGGAGAACCUAACACUCAUUUUAAUAGUCAUUUACGAAUAAUACAACAGUUUUUAAUUCAUUCUAGCUCUUUGAUUAUGAAAAAUCCGGAUGCUUGGAUUUAUUUGAAACGUGUAAAAUGUUCUCCGCUUUGUAUUAAAUCGACAGCUAAACGGAUGUUCAAAAUAAUGCUUAAAAAUAUGCUUGCAACAGAUUUGAAUUAUUAUUUGGAUGUAGCGUAUGAAGAAUAUAGAAUGUACAAAACAUCGGAAUCAAUUUAUAGAAUGCUUGAAAUGAUGUUAGACUUACUUGAUGAAAACAUAAUAUUCUCACUUAUACAAAAUGUUAUUUUUGAAAUGCCAAACAAAGCCAACUGGAAAAUGAUUUUGUCUCUUAUAACGGUUUUUGUGAAAACAAAAUCGCAACAAUCUCACAAAUUAAAAUUAAAAUUUGAACAUUUGCUCAAUCAUACUCUGUCUAAAAGUGAACUGAACGAUGAAUUUACGUUAUGUAAAGCGACUCUGCUCGUAUUUCGGCACUGUUGUCUCGAUAUUGGUCUUUGGUCCGAGUACCGUCGAUGGUAUAGUUCCUAUAAACCUUCUGUGGAAACAGCCCAAAAUUUUUAUAAGUUAUUAACUCACUUAAUACCUUAUGACUUACCGGCUGCCCUGGCGUCCCAUACUAACACGCAACCGACGUUGACAGAAUCUUGUGUGGCCAUUCAAAAUACUUAUGUGAAAGUUGCUCGUGAGCAGCUCGUUAAAAUCAACAAAGGACAAGACACCAUGGGGUUGUUCAAAGAUUACGACGACACUGAGAACCGUCAUGAAGCAGACGUAGUGAAGGUGUUGGAAUCUUACAAAAAGACAGGUCAAGUAAUGCGUGUUGUCUUGGAAGCUUCUGUAUUCCGUAAAACAUACUUUGUCAACACUUUCCUCAAAACACUAAUGGAUCCUCAUAUGCAAGACGAUCAAAUUAGAUGUGAAUUUAUAGAAAAACUAAACGAUAUUAACAAAAUUCCAAACUCUAUUUACACAAAGUGGAAAAACGAGAGCCGUAGUAAAUAUUUCUGAUAGCUGUAUUCUCAGUUAGUAACACAAUUAAUAUCUACAAUAAAUUCCUUUUAAAUACAAAUGCAUAUUUAUAAUAAAUUUAUCGUGUUAUUUGUUUUAUCAUUUGUAGCCAAUAUUAUAAUUGUUAUUAAAGAAGUUCCCCCAAAUGGAAAAUGUAAUUUUGUUUACUUAUGUUUAUAAUACACGGUGCAACUAUUUUAAAGCCUUUCAAAAAACUAAAAAAGAUUAGUGAGGAUUGCGUUUUAUUAUUUGACAAUUACAUGUAAAUGUAACUGAUUUUAAUAGAGAUGGGAAAAAAAUA